CUGUCCAAUGGGUUAUCAGCAUUUUAAUGGCUUGACUAGAUUGCCCUCAAUCAUUCACCAGAUUACCCUUAAUGACCUUCACGUUCUCAACCAUUAGUUGCAGGUGCUGAGAGGCUGAAUCUCUCUCUCCUUAUCAUCUUAUGUCACGCCUGCACACCAUAGCGAGUAAUGGUGUCGGCGAUUUCCGUCAGCUGAGGCAACUCCAUGCGCAGAUCAUCCACCAUUUUCUUCAUCACCAUAAUUACUGGAUCGCUGCUCUUAUUGCCUACUGCACGAGGGUCCGUGCCCCGUUGGCUUAUGGCCGUCUCCUCUUCAACUCCUCCCGUCGUCCAAAUGUCUUCGUCUUCACCAACAUGCUCAAAUUCUACUCCCAAUUGGGAGCCCAUAAGGAUGUCAUCUCUCUUUUCCUCCAAAUGCAACGCCAUCACUGCGACGAUGACAAUUUGGAUGUGAAGCCAGAUGCUUUUGUCUAUCCGAUCCUGAUCAAAUCGGCCGGAAAGGCAUCCCUUCCGUUGCAUGCACAUGUUUUCAAGUUGGGUCAUGCUUGUGAUCGUUAUGUUCGGAAUGCAAUUAUGGAUAUGUACGCCAAGUACGGCCCCAUUGAAUUUGCUCAACGAUUGUUCGAUGAAAUGCCUGAAAGGAUGGCUGCUGAUUGGAACUCGAUGGUCUCUGGCUUUUGGAGGUGGGGUCAUGAAGUUGAAGCUUGCCAAUUGUUCGAUUUAAUGCCUGAAAAGAAUGUCAUCUCUUGGACUGCCAUGGUUAGUGGUUACUCUAAGCACGGUGAUAUGAUGAAGGCACAGAAGUUCUUUGAAGAGAUGCCUGAGAAGACCGUGGUGUCAUGGAACGCAAUGCUUUCCGGUUACGUGCAAAACGGGUUUGUUGAAGAAGCUUUAAGAUUGUUCAGAGACAUGGUGGAUGCGGGGAUACAACCCGAUGAGAUAACCUGGGUCACCAUUAUUUCGUCGUGCUCUGCACGUGGUGACCCUCGACUUGCAGAGUCACUAGUGGGAUCACUUGACCAAAGGCUGAUCCAUCUGAAUGUUUUUGUCAAAACAGCACUCCUCGAUAUGUAUGCAAAAUGUGGGUCUAUCGGAACUGCAAGAAGGAUUUUCGAUGAGAUGGGAACAUACAGGAAUCCAGUUUCUUGGAAUGCAAUGAUAUCAGCAUACACCAAGAACGGUGAUCUUGUGUCGGCCAGGGAGCUCUUCUCUGAAAUGCCAGAGAGGAAUGUUGUCUCAUGGAACUCAAUGAUUGCAGGCUAUGCUCAGAAUGGGCAUUCAUUUAUGGCAAUUGAGCUCUUCAAGGAAAUGAUAACAAUUGGAGACUUAAAACCAGACGAAGUGACAAUGGUGAGUGUGAUUUCAGCCUGUGGGCAUCUAGGGGCUUUAGAAUUAGGCAAAUGGGUCGUGAACUUUAUCACCCAAAACCAGAUCAAUUUAAGCAUCUCAGGUUACAAUUCUCUGAUUUCAAUGUACUCAAGAUGUGGGAGCAUGGAAGAUGCUAAGAGGAUAUUUCAACAAAUGCCAGAAAGAGAUGUAGUUUCCUACAAUUCAUUGAUCACUGGUUUUGCAGCUCAUGGCCAUGGAACUGAGGUCGUCAAAUUGUUCUUGAAUAUGAAAGACGAAGGAAUAGAACCAGACCGAAUAACAUUUAUUGGUGUCUUAACAGCAUGUAGUCAUGCUGGAUUAUCAGAACAAGGCCUGCAGAUUUUUUAUUCCAUCAGAAGCCCAGAAGUAGAUCACUAUGCCUGCAUUGUUGAUCUGUUAGGUCGAUCAGGCAAGUUAGACAAAGCAAAGAAGUUGGUAGACAUGAUGCCAAUGAAUCCGCAUGCAGGAGUGUUUGGGGCUCUUUUGAACGCCAGUUGUAUCCACAAACAAGUUGAUCUUGGGGAGUUUGCUGCACACAAGCUCUUCAAGCUUGAACCAGAGAACUCUGGGAAUUAUGUCCUGCUUUCAAACAUUUAUGCCUCAAUGGGGAGGUGGGGAGAUGUAGAGAAUGUUAGAGAGACAAUGAGAACUAGGGGAGUUAAGAAGUCGACAGGGUGGAGUUGGGUUGAGUUUGGUGGCAAGGUACACCGAUUUAUUGUUGGAGAUCGAUCUCAUGAGUGGUCCAGGGGGAUUUACAGGAUACUGGAAGAAGUGGGAAAGAAGAUGAGGGCUGCUGGAUAUGUAGCUGACAAGAGCUGUGUUUUGAGAGAUAUUGAAGAGGAAGAGAAAGAAGAGAUGGUGGGGACUCACAGUGAGAAGCUGGCCAUUGGGUUCGGGCUUCUUGUUUUCGAAAUAGGGGCAACCAUUAGAGUUGUGAAGAAUCUAAGAGUUUGCAGGGAUUGCCAUUUCGCCAUUAAGAUGAUCUCAAAGUUAGAAAGAAGGGAGAUAAUUGUAAGAGAUAAUAACAGGUUUCACUGUUUCAAGGAUGGAGAGUGCUCUUGCAGGGAUUAUUGGUGAUUGAAGCGAGCCAUAAAAAUUAUGCUAGAAAAAAAUCGAAAUUCAGAGGGAAUAUUGAGAACAUGAAGGUCAUGCAUUAAAUUUUUGAACUGGGGUGAUUUUUCUGCAACUGGUCUUAUAGACAGUUGCAUAGACCGGAGUCUUACCAGCGGGGAAGGCACCUAGAAAAAUAUGCCUUUAAUUGAAGGCUUUCGCUGACAGGACUUUUGUUUAACAGGUGAGCUUUGCUUAUGGAACCAGUUAAGUAACUGAGUCAUCCAAUGAAGAUACAGAGAUGGCCAAGGAAUUGUCCCAUUGCCGAUUCACACCAAUCCAAUGGUAAAGAAAGCCAUCAUUUUGUGCAGAAAUGGGUUGAUUUUGGCAUUUACAAGGAUGGUGCCCUCACCAACACAGCUUCCUAAUUUUCACCAAUGCACAGACCAGGGGAACAGAAUGGGUCCUAAUAAUCAAACCAAAAUUUUCAGUCUCAUUUUGAAGAUAACUGCCCUGCUAGUGCCUAACUGUUCAGCAAUGUGCACUAAAUAUAGUCCCAACCUGUGAGCUGCUGAGCAUAAAGUUAGCAGUAGCAUAUGGCUGUCUACUCUGUGGCUCUUGAGACUUGAAUCCGUAUUGCCUAACUUGUUAAGGUACUUUUACUUGUUAUGAUGAUUUGGUGGUUCCAAGGACGCAAAGCUAAAUUGUGACAGAUAAGCAACAGUGGCACAUGAAAUAUGGAGGCAGGAGGAGUUCAAGCCUUUUGCAUCCUUAACUCCUCAUUCUUGUAGAGGUCUGAAUCUGCAACUUCGGCAGUGUGUAGAGCUUGACAGGGUUGGUAACUUGGUAUGGUUGGAGUUUAUAUUCAUAUGGAUACCAAAUAAGACUAUGAUGCUUACUGAAUGGCCUCUAUUCACAGACAGUCGACUCUUAGAAUGUCAAGCUGAACCCAUCACUGGGGUGCAGUAGCACCUUUAGCGCGGGGGCAUCACAGUCUUUCUACCCAGCACCAGUGGGCUGGGUUUUUUCUGCCUUCUGUUUCUGGACCAAAAGGAUUUUUGUUAACGAAUAGUAAAUUGUUAUUUCCGGGUCAGAAAAGAAACAAAAAUGUGUUUGUUAUGCGUAAUAAUUUUUGUUUUUGAAACUUCUAUAAAUUUACAAAAAUGUCAUUGAAUACCCAAAAUAUUGGUGGACGCAGUAGUGUUGAUGGUUGAAGUUGAAUUGGAGGUGGAGUUUAUUUGUUGCUCGUCAAA